AUGGACAUACCACCAAAUUCAAAUAAUGAGAUAGACAUAGACGAUUUACUAAAUGAACCAAAUAUGACUAGUGCAGAUACUAUCAGAAAAGAGGCACUUCAAAAAGAAGAAGAAGAAAAACGGAUUCAAGAAGAAAAAGAAAAGGCUGAAGAAAUAAGACGAGCUGAGGAAGAACAAAAGCAAUAUGAAGAGGAGCAAUAUCAAAAACUACUUGAAAAUCAACAACAAGAGCAAAUAGAAAGAAAAAUGAGUAAAGUAGAUAAACGUGUUGAAAUUACACCUGCAUUAUUGUUAUGCCAUUUUAAUGUAGAAAUUAAAGCAAUUUAUCCAAUUCGUGAUGUUAUUUAUUUUAAUAGAAAAUCAUUAAAAUCUAGAGAACAUUUAUUUAGUUUGAUUGAUUCAACAUCAUUUGAUAUAUUAACUACUGACCCAUGGUCAUCAGUUUAUUAUACUUCAGAAGAUUGGACAUUUGCACCAAUUUCAAAUGAAAUGGUUGAUGAUAAUAUUCUUCAAGAUAGGUAUAAUAUUGAAACCAAUCAAAAUUCAGUUACAUUUCAUAAAGAAAGAAGAAAUAGUAAAAUGCCAAUUAUUGAAGCAGAAACUGAAUUUCCUUUUUAUGAAACAUAUUUUUACAAUAAAAAAACUGUUAAACAUUAUUUGGAUAAAGAAGAUUCAAUACUUCUUUCUGUAGAUGAAAGUAAAAAAUAUAAAAAAGCUAUUUUAAGAACAAGUAAAGAAUAUGUUAAGUUAGUUAUUCCACCUGACACUGAUCCAACAAAAUAUAGAAAUAUCUUCCCAAGAGGAGCUAAAAUCAUAAAAUAUUCAAAUAUUCCUCAAAUUGAUGAUGAAUUAUUAACAAUUGAACAAAGAUCAACAGUAAGAAAAUAUAAAUUUGGAGUUGUUUGUGUUAAACCAGGACAAGAUGAAAAUGCCAUCUUUGGUAAUGAUGAAAUACCAAAACGAUUUUAUGAAUUAAUGUUUUUAAUUGCUGAAAAAAUAAAAUUAGAAGGAUUUGGUGCUUAUAGUGGAGGUUUAGAUACUAAGUUUAAUGAAACUGGUGAAUUUAGUUUCUACACAAAAUAUUUUAAUAAUGAAGUUAUGUUUCAUGUUGCCCCUUUAUUACCAACAAGUGAUAAUGACAUCCAAAAAUUAGAACGUAAAAGACAUAUUGGAAAUGAUAUUGUUGUAUUAGUUUUCUUAGAAGAAGGAGUUAAACACUUUGAUCCAAGGUUAUUUACUUCACACUUUAACCACAUUUUUGUUAUUGUUCAACCAAUUAGUAAAGAAGAAGCAUACACAACAUUAGGUAUUGAUUUAAAAGAAAGUGACUCACUUAGCUCUAAUCCUAUUAACACCACACAAUCUGAUGAUGCUCUUAAAUGUAUUGAUCGAAUGACUUUAGAAAGUAUUGCUAGCUCUAAACAAGUAGUUGGAGGUGAUAAAAGUACAUUAGAUACAAGUGGAUUAAUUGACCAAUUUUGUCGAGUAUCUGUUGUAACAAAACCUAGUAUAUCUCCAUUUCCCCCUUAUCUUGAUAGUGGUGUUUAUCGUAUGGAUUUGAAAUUCAGAGAUUUUUUGAUGCAAAAAAUGAUUAAUGGUGAACGUACUGCUUUACGUUAUCCACCUUUUAGGACAAAUGCUGAAAACACACGAAGACAACAAAUAGCGUGUAUAGCUGCAAAGCUUUAA